AUGUCACACCGCCUUCAAACUAUUGUUGAAAAUUGCCUGAAUAAAUUACCUAUCAAAAAUGUGCAUUCAGAAAAGCCAAAUUAUAAUAAUAAUGAGCCAAAUGAUGAUGAAUUGGAUGAUGGUGAGCCAGAUAAUAAUGAGUUGGAUGAUUGUGAGCCAGAUAGUGAGUUGGACAAUGAUGAGUUGGAUAAUGAGAUUGAUGAUGAACUGGAAAACUUUGAGUCAGAUUAUUAUGAUAAAAAUAUUAUUAAUGUAGACAGCUAUAAAGAAAUGCAAAAUAAUGAA